AUGCCAGAGUCUAACUCAGAUGUGUUAGAACUACAGCAGAUUCAGCUCCACCUUGAGCGCGGUGACAACUCUCCCAGACAAGUUGAUCUGGAUACCUUGCCUGAAAAUGUUACCAGUGAGGUCCUGCAAGAAUGCAAAUAUAGCCUUAUUCUUAUGACUGCAAAAUUGGAAGAAAGGCACCUCACACUUGACAACUACGCGACCGGCGACGGUGUACAAUUGAUGGUUUCGACUAGCAGGAAGGAUACGAUGAGCAUCAACUUGCGAAAUACUCAAGAUGAAAGAGCUCAUCUUCGCCAGGUAAACCACCAUCCAUUUCCUGAUGACGGUGUGGAAAAAGAAUCCCACUCCAGAUUUCAGCGAACAGGCAUGGGCGAGGUUUUAGGCUCACGCCUAGGUCUUCCACCUACGUCUUCUAAUUUGGCAGGAGGGUGGACCAAGUAA